AUGGCGUCUACAUCUGAUCAGUUCUUCUAUCUCGAUAGCCCAACUCAAUUCGAGGAGUGGGUCGACUUUGACCAAUUCUUGGAUCUGCCAUCAGCCUACGGCGAUGAAUCUUCCGCCUCGGCCUCGACCAACUCGGUCUCUCCGGACAUGGCAUUGCCCUAUGAUGCUGAGAUGCUGGGCACUGACCUGCUGGACUUCAGCCAAUCUGCCUUCCCAGACAUGAUCGAAUAUGAUGCUUCACAAGAAGGCUUUUUCGCCGAUUUGUCCCCAGAAAUGGGCAUGCUCCCCGACCACACUGCUGCUUUGGAUGACAGCGCAUUCUACACCUACCCGCAAUACGAUGCUUCUUUUGACUUCCGUCCGAUGGUCGAAGCGCAGGCCGCUGCCGACCCGCGCGUUGCGUCGAUCAAGGAGAAGCGCCGUGAAGCUGCUAUUGCGUUGCAUCUACAGAGGUUGUGCGAUGCCACGGCCCGUGACCUCGACAUGUCUUCCGACUCCAACACCAGCUUCUCCUCCCCAUCCUGGUCAGAGUAUGUUCGCGGAAGCAACUCUCCCCAAUCUGCUAGCGCUAGCCCGGGGACACCCUCCGCCCCCACCCCUGCUACUGGCACUGGAGGAGUCGAGUUGGUCCUGGACCUGAACAUGAAUGCCGCUGCGAACCUGCCGAAGAAGCAGAAGCCCCGUUCUCAGGCACAGAAGGAGAACUACAUCAAGGCUCGGAAGUAUGGAGCCUGCGAGAAGCACAAGAAGCAACACAAACGAUGCAACUGCCUGGAGAAGGCCGCCGCCCACAUGGGUGUUCAAGAUGUCCCAAUGAAUGUGGCUUACAAGGAACGGCCGCAACAAUCGGCACGUUCGUCACCCGUUCUUCCGGAUUCACGUGUCUCUAGUGUUCCAGGUCACGACAGAUCAUCUGUACCACCUACAAUUCGACCACUGCCCACCGUGUCAACCGGCAAGACGUUUAAGGUGACCAUCAACAACUCUCCAGGACACGAUCCAUCGACCAGCUCGAGCGGCGUGCUCCCGUCCGUCAAGGCAACAGUCAAGCGCACAAGCGGUGUCCCAGGACACAACCCUCAAUUCAGCGUAUCGGCUUUCUCUAUAGCCAAGCAAGCUGGCAAGACUUUCGGUGUUCAAUCCGACCAGGCGGUGGAUGCCAAGCGGAACAGCAGCGGUGUCCGCGGACACGAUCCGCAAUACAACGCUUCCGCCUACUUGACACAUGUCAAGGAAGCCGGCAAAAGUGUUCUUGCAUCGGGACAGAAUGUCUCGCGGCAAGCUACGAGCGCCUCUCAACCCGUCAGAGCAACAAACAGCCGUGUCGUUUCGCAGUCCAAUCUGCGCGGCGCUGCUGCUGGCCUACCUGCCGUCAAGACGGCCGACAAGGCUCCUGGCUCUGUGGGACAGGGCGUAUCGCGCCAAUCACCGAGCGUUCCUCAAUCCGUCAACGCAACCAACCGGCGGGCCAUUGGCCAGUCGAACCUGCGCUGGCGCGUUGUUGGAUUCUCCCCGACAACCGCUGCUGGUGUGUCCAGCAGUGUCCCGGAGAACACCAACACCAGACAGACUACGCCAUCUUCGAGCACCUCGAACUCAAGCGCUACGCGCUGCUCAUACCUGGAUGUCCGGCGUCCUCGAGACAAGAUGUUUACGCAUAUCGUAGACAACAGCGUCUCGUCAACCACGCCAGUCUCAUCUCGCGCUCAAUCAUCCUCAAUUCUGGCUACCAUAGGCCAGAAGUCGGUGAGCCAGGGAGGAUUGGCUACCAAUAACUCACCGCGAUCCACGGCCUUCUUCCAGAAGCGAUCAGACAUUCUUUCCUCUCGUGCGCGGGCACAAGUGGAAAUUUCCCCCCAGGAUCGUUGUUCGAGCGUUUCGUCCGGACAAAACAGCCUCGUUCGGUCGAUUUCGACCCAACUUGGCGGCCUCUUUUCAAGCACAGUGUCGGCGAUUGCUGGCAUUGGGCUUUCGUCUCUCUCAUUUGCUUCUUGGUCCGAACAGUCUGUCGGCAAGUGCAUAUCCCUUUUGGGUAGCCAGCUGAUGUCUGCGAGAAAGAUUUUGCAAUCGUCUCUCAUUUAA